GCGUCGCGGGCCCACGGCGCCUCAGAAGAGCGUAAGAAUCCGAGCAGUGGUGUAGAGUGGCAUGUGUGCGGCGUGGAGAGCCAUGUGACAACGUAUUGCUAUCUCUAGUAACCAGUGACGCCUCGAUAACAGGGAUACCACUGGACCAAAGUGCUGAAUGCUGCGUGUCUGCUGGCUGCCAGGUCUAGUGCACCGCCCAGGGAGAUGACACGCUAGCAAAAAGUGGCAGAAUACAAGUGAUAACAGCAGCGAUAAAUAGCCCGUCAGAGUUGUGAGGUGGCGGCGGUGUGUGUGGUGCAGAGUAUGAACAGGCGCGGGGGCUGUCACUGAGGGGCGUGGGGCUUGUGAGUGUGUGUGAGUGCGUGUGUCUGCCGUGACCAUGGCCAGCACGGUGGGAGGCGGAGGCGGCGGCAGCGUGGACGCCCAGCUGGUGGCGCUCUUGGACAAGCUGGAGGGCCUUCGGCAGGAGGUCACCCCGCUUCCAAGGCCCUCCAUGAUCGCCGAGGUGCGCACGCUGGAGCUGUGGCGGGCCGUGAUCGCCGAGUGUCUGGCCACAGUGUUCUAUGUGUUCCUGGUGUGCGGAGCCUACAGCCCCUGGACCGGCAAGGUGCUGACGCAGGACGGACAGCUCACCGUGGCCCUGGUGGCGGGCUUCUCCAUGGCCAUCCUCGUCCACAGCUUCGGACAGGUGUCCGGCGGCCACGUGAACCCCGCCGUGACGGUGUCCCUCGCCGUCACCCGGCACGUGUCUCCCCUCCGCGCAGCCAUGUUCGUCUUGGCGCAGCUCGGGGGAGGGAUAGCAGGCGCUGCGCUGCUCUACGGAGCGACGUCUUCCGGCUACACGGGGGACCUGGGCGCCACCUCCGUCUCGCAGGUCAUCACGCAGUGGCAAGGUCUCGGGCUGGAGUUCCUGCUCACUUUCGUCGUGGUCUUCGUCUUCUUCUCUUCCGUUAACCCCUACCGGAGGAGCUUCGGGAACCCCUCCGUCGUGAUUGGGUUCGCCUACAUGGCUUGCACUCUCGUGGGGCUGCCCCUGACCGGCGCCUCCAUGAAUCCCGCGCGCUCCCUGGGUCCUGCUUUCGUCAAGAACAAAUGGGACGCGCACUGGGUGUACUGGGUGGCCCCGCUGGUGGGCGGCGUGGCUGGCGGCCUCAUCUACGAGUACAUCUUCAACCCGCACCGCCUGCCACGCUCCCGCAAGGAUUCCAUCGAUGGAGAUUCGUCUAGUGUAGGGAGUGAGGAAGAUCCGUAUGAUGAAUGCUCCAAGCCUCCACCUCGGUAUAAUUACAAUGCUCUUCACGCCCAAAACUAUGACCAGUACCGGCCUGCCAACACCUCCAACACCACCUCUCCCUUAGGAUACCCAGCAAGUAUGUAUGAACAUAAUGGAGCAUCUUCGGUUUGCAAUGCAGCAGCAUACAAGUAUGAUAAUGGCUAUGUUAAAGAUGAAAUUUACUCAGCCUCAAAGAGUUUGUACACCAAAUCUCCACCUUUGCCAAGAUCCUCCUCUCUGAAUCGCUCUCAAUCAGUGUACACUAAACCCCCACCACCUCGAAUGGACAACUACAACAGAAACCUCACCCACUCUCAGAGUUUGUGUCCUAAAACAAGCUCUGACUUCACCACCCUCCCCCACACAGACAACAUGUACAAAAACAACCCUCGACGUGACAGCCUCUAUGUUACAAGCAAGUCAGGGAUUGUGAAACCUGAGCCAGUGUAUGGAACAUCAUACAGUAAACAAAAUGAUUCUGGAGACUCAAACUACUCCACAUACAGAGGCACAGCCAGCUAUAGUUCCUCACGCUCUUCAAACCCAGGACCACCAAUACCUAUGAGUCGAACACGCACAGACAAUCUCACCCCAAAUUCUGUUGCCUCAGCCCACUCAAGUCUUGUCACUACAAACUCAGCAGGUCUGUGUUAUUCACCCAAUCCUCAGUAUUGAGAUCAUGGCAAGAUACCACACCUGAAUGUACCCAGCUACAUCUUGGGACCACAACCAAUGAACCUAUUGUUAAGGCUUUGCAUUCUGUUGGCCAACUGGAACAAAUGCCUGAAUAUACAUAAAGCCCAUGUUUUAGUUGCUUAUAUUUUUACCUCUAGAUAAGUUACUCAUUGGCAUUUUGUUCACUUUUUCAAUGGUAUGUGCUAAGAACAUGAGUGCUUCCAUGAAUUAAAGGUUUCAGGGCUUUCCAAAAAUAACUAGUUUUAAGGUGAAGACAUUCAAAUAUUAAUAGAUUUAAUUUUCAAGUGACUUUUGCAUUCAUGUAAUGUAAGUGUAUUUUCUCUAUUCACUGUAGCACCACCCAAGCUUUACUUAGUACUUCAAAAUGAGAGUGAUUCCAGUGGACAUUGUUGAGUAAUGAAAAGAACUGAUGAAAAGAAUUGAAACACCUCACCUCACUACUUGCUAGAGGAAUUUAGCAGACCAAGUGAGUUUUGUGACCCUGUGACUUAACCCCUUUAAUUAUAAAUCAUAAUACAAACAAACCAAGUAUGUGAUUAGAUUUAGAGGAGCUGUGGAAGGGUAGAAAAAUAAAUGGUUAACAGGGAUGAAUGACGAGACAUCAGAACAGAAACUGGAAUACAGUAAAAAAGUCCAUUCAGCAAUACAUUUGAAAAGGUAAAUAUGUACUUUACAGAAUGGACACCCAGUUUUAGAAAUGUGCAAGCUGGUCAGCAAUUGAUUUUAUUUUGCUUUGAGAGGAGCAAUAAGGCAUCAAACCAGUCGGCCUCAAGAACGAUACAGUGGCAGGGGCUCCGUGAUUCUGUUCCUCCUAUAUGGAGUUUGCUUUGUACACCAUAGACAGUCACAUGACCUGCCUUUGGAAAGUGUCACAAGUUAUGAAGGCAAUUUGUGCUGAAUCAGUGACACUUUUCAGACUGAGUUCAACCAAUACAGUUGUAAGACAUACAAAAGUGGUAAGCUUGGGUGGUUCUAUUGAUUAUUAGUUAAUCUCUGGCAAUUUUUACCCAGUGUUCCUUUGCCAAAUCACAAAUAUUGAUGUGUGUGUGUGUGUGUGUGUGUGUGUGUGUGUGUGUACCUAGUAGUAUAAAGGGCCUGAGCUACACUAGCGUGGUUCUGUUGUGUGUGCCUGCGUGCGUGCGUGCUUGCAAGAGUGUGUGUGUGUCUAAGAGUGCAUGCAUGUGAGGGAGAGAAAGAUUCAUUAUGUGUUUAAGAUGUUAUGAUAUUUUUUUCUUAAUCUGGAAGAAGCAUGUUCCUUUCAGUGAGGGUACAGUUUAUGAUAUUUCUGUAACAUGAACAAUUACAUGUUUCCCCAUGUAAAUAUUAUCAGUAAUUUUUCUCAUCAUUUUGCCAACAUUGGCAAUAUUUGUAGCCUGUGUGUAUUAUUACUUCAUAUACAUAAGGAUGAAUCUUUUCAAAAUUUCACGCAUCACUUUUAAUGUUUCUUUAUGUAGAAUGUAUGUACAUUAUUUGCUUCAUGAAGCUGAGGCUUGUCUCACAAGAAUGUCUUAUUAUCUACUAGGUAUUAUUUAAUCAUCUUGCUCCUUUACUUCAUAAAUGCAUCUAAUUGUUUUCAUGCACUAGUUCAUUGGAUUCACAAAUUAGUUAAAAAAAAAAGUUGUACAGGCUCGUAGAAAACAAAGUUUCCAAGCCAAGUGCAUCAAAUUUUGCUGUAUCAUAAAUUAACAUAAUUUCUUCUGUUUUUCUUCUGAUAAAAAAAAAAAAAGCCAUAUUCAUAUUAUACAUGUAUUUAUAUUCACUUUAUUGACAAUUCUUUUGUGGAUCCAGUGAUAUAUAAUAUAUGCUCACUUAGGAGUCUCUGAGAAGAGAAUUGCUCAAGAAGUGAAGUCAUACAUGGCAGGCACUGUGGCUUCUAAGCCACCAAAGCUCACAGUCUGUGAAUGAAAGUAUAACAACUUAUGGCUAGUUUUGUAAUGAGUACAGUCCUACAAAUAAUAUGAUGAAGACUUCCCAUACUCUUUAUCUGCAGAAAAUGAGGCAAAUGAUUGUGGCAACGAUGACGGUGUCAAAGAAAUUUAAAGGUCAUUGUCACAUCAGUUCAGUAGAUUCAUUUAUUAAAAUGAAUGCCAUAUGGUACAGACCUUGUGAAAGAAUAACUUUGUGAAAUUCUACUAUUUGAUAUUUUGUGAUCAGUAUCUGUACACUUGAAAUUUAUUCAUAUCCAAGAGGAUAUAACUACUGCUCUUGAAGUAACUGUAGUUUGAAUGGUACAGUGGUUUCAGGGCAGCACCAGUGAGCCUCAGAGAACAAUCCUCGGAAUAGUAAUGGCUUCCAAGUUAACUGGCAAGAGAAAGCAUUUCACAUUUCCUGCUAUAGAGAAUUUUCAUUGUGUAAACUUACUGUACAAAUAAUUUACCAAUUUCAAAACUGCUCAUAACAGACAUUCUUGUGUGCAGGCAAAAUUUAGGACAUUUUUUUUCUGUGUGACAUAUCAAUUCUCUGUUCUCAAUAAAUAUCUGUGAAACUAGAUAUUCUUUUGUAAUAGUUAGUUUUGAACAUUCUUGUGCUUUACUUUAGAGACUGACAGCUGAAAGGAUGUUUAAUUUUUCUUUAUGAAGAGCUGAAAAGCAUUCUUAAUUAUCAGCUUAUGAAGAAUGUCUUGUUAACUGCAACAUCUCGCACAAAUAAUAUCCCCUCGUGUUCCCCUCACACACAACCCAGCCCAUGCUUGCGUGUGAGGAGCACUCAAGAGCAAGAAACUGACAAGGCUCCUGGCCUGACAGUGGCACCAGGCAAUGCUCCACUUACAUAAAUCACUGGAUAUCAUAUCAAAUGUUUUAUCUUUAUUAACAUCAUCUACAUUUGGUGUAAGAGUAUUGAAUAUGCAUCUCAUGUAUGGUGGGUCUCCAUGCACACAGCCCUUUUGAACCAAGGAAAGUCAAGGCUUUUUGCCCCAUCAGUUCCUGUCCUCUUAUCUCUUAAAAUUUGGUGCAGUGUUGCAUCUCUUCUUAUCUUCUACUGCUAUUCUCAUGCUAAAUGCUCUUCUGAAUUUACUAACUACAUGCCUUCACCCCUCCUGUGACCCUGAUCUACACAAUUCUCUGCUCUAGCCCACCCCUAUGUUCAAAUCUCUUUCUUAUGCAAACCAGUAUCUUUAUUCUCACAUUCCUAUUACUGGCAAGCUCUGGAACAGCCUCCUUUCGUCUGUAUUUCCUCCUUCCUACGCCUGAGCACUUUUGAGAGGGGAGUAUCAAGACACCUCUACCUGCUUUGGAAUACUCACUUAUACUCUCUUUAGGAGCAGUGCUUUUGUAGGCUUUCCUUUUCUUUUUGAAUGCCUCCUCUGCUGUAAAAAAAAAGAAAAAUAUUAGAUUAUUUUAUCUUUUAUUUAUAUACUUAUACAUUUCACAACAAAAGAGGCAGCUCAGGGGAAAAGAGAACAGAAAAAAAAAUAUUGUAGUGCUGCUCCCACAUACAGGAGAUAGUGAGAGUAGCCAAAUGAGAGGGUGAGAUUUGGAUAGAAAGUUGUCUUUACGCUCCUUUCUUGAAAGAUUAAUGUCAAGUUCAGUUGCUACACUACUGAACUGAUGCUUUCCUUAGUACAUGUAGUGCUAUGUCCUUAGUAUUUCAACUACUCCAAGCUCAUCAACAUCAAUGCAUCAUAGACAAUAUUCUUUCCCUCACAGUUGCAACUUCUCUGACAUUUGUGUUGAUUUCCUUUUUUGUUGCUUUCUGGAAUUGAUGUUGAAAACAUGGUUAUGCAAAUAAUAAGAUAUUGAUAUUUUUACAGAGUAAAAUUAGGAAUACUGCAACCAUUGCAUGAGGAUGAUGUGAUGUUUUGUGACGGUUUAAAAUCAGACCAGCUUCUAUAACUAAAAUUGGCAAGAUAUUCGUAACCUUGUGUAUAUACUGCCCAAUCGACUGCUUUUCAUACUGCAGUUCAAAUAUUUUCAUAGCCUUGUGCAUAACUAUGUGGAACAUUGGUCAAAUACUUUGCAACUUGCAGAACAUAAUAUACAUCACAACAAAUAGUUUUAGAGGAGUAAAAAAAAAUUCUUGUAAUGUUCAUGAUUAUUACAUAAGUAUAUUUAGUAUAUCAAAUAUUCUUAGAAUAAGGUCUUCCUAAUUAAUGUUUUUUAUGUACAAUAUUGGAAUGUUAAUGGGCACUCCCUUUUAAGUGACAAGUAAGUACAGGAGUUUGAUCAUGUAGUAAAUAAAUGUGUAAAUUAUGCAUUCCAUCUGUUAGAAGUGACUGAGGUAGUUUUGUUCAUUUUAUGGCAUAUAGCCCUUAGUGUAAUAUUUGGCAUGUAUUUAAAAAAAGUAAAAAAAUUAAGAAUGUAAUAAAAAGAAGUCAGAACACCAGAACCAAUAAGACACCUGAGGUGCACAGCGUCGGCCUCAUGCCACCGAGUGGGGUGUAAAAUGUAUGCACAAAGAAGCAAGCCAACUCUCAUAGACUUAGAUGCAGUGAGUAGUGUGGAAGAUGGGCGCAUAAUUAAUAUUUAAGGAGUACAAGAUGCAGUUUAACACAAAAGUGUGAGUGUAUUAUAUAUUUAAUAGGCUGGAGAAAAACGGACUUAUCUUGUAUACUUUUUCAUUGGUUGGGCCUUAAUGGAUACUUCUGUUAUCCAGACAAUUGCUAAUUUUUUAUUAGAAUUUAUUUUGAAAUGUACAAUUUAUAAAUGUAAAUGAAUAAAAAUUAAACUGAA